AUGGACCCUGAAGAAACAGAAGAAGAGGGACGAAGUGUGAAGACCUCACCAUUUGCACAUGUGCCGUUGUAUCCCACUACAUGUGACAUGGCAGCCCGUGGGCUUCCCCCUCGAUUGCUGCAGCCACCUCCUGCCACUGCAGAGACUCCUGGGACGCCACAGGAUAAUGUCAAAAUGGAGCUUGAGAAUGCGUCACUGUGGAAACAGUUCAGCACCGUUGGCACUGAGAUGAUUGUCACUAAGAAGGGCAGGAGAAUGUUUCCACAGCUGCGAGUGAAGCUGUCAGGGCUGAACCCAACUCUGCGUUACAUUCUUCUUUUAGACAUUGUACCUGUUGAUUCCUCUCGCUAUCGUUUCCAAGACAACAGCUGGCAGGUGGUUGGCGGCGCAGAGGCUCGGCUGCCAGACCGCGUCUUCAUCCAUCCAGACUCACCUGCAACUGGAGAACACUGGCAGAAUCGAAGCAUAUCCUUCCACCGGGCCAAACUCACCAAUAACACUCUGGACGCACAAGGAUAUAUCAUUCUCCAUUCCCUACAUCGAUACCAGCCACGAGUCCAUGUGAUCGAGGCCCGUGAUGUGCUGAUGUGGGGAAGAGCACAGCACUCUUUUACCUUCCCUGAAACACAGUUUAUUACAGUCACUGCAUACCAGAACAGCAAGAUCACUGAACUGAAAAUAAACUCAAAUCCUUUUGCGAAAGGCUUUAGAGAGAAUGGCAUGAACUGCAAGAAACAAAGAGAGGCAAGGCUGAAGAGGAAAAUUACAAGCAAUCAAGAGGAAUCUUUGGAUAUUGAGUCAUGUGACCCAUGUGAUUCCACUGAGCUCCUCCCACAAUCGGUGGAACUCCCAAGUUCUGCUCUCACCAUUAUAAACUCCGCCCUCCCAAUUACCGAUUCAGGUUUUCAUACAGAAGUACCAUCCCUCCCAGAUCAAACAGUCUCUAACCAACCACUUGUCCUUGGACAAGCAUUCUUGACCUCUGAGAUUCCCUCUUCAAUGGAAAGUCAACCACAGACAACCCCUGAAAAUAAUGUAAACAACACACUGAUGGAUGGGUCUGGUCAAAUGAUGGGCCUUUCUGGAUACACAUCAACUUUCCCAACUGCUCAGCUCAGUUCCUCAUCACAUGCAUCAGUGCCUUUGCCUCAGUCAUCUUCCAUCUAUUCCAUGGUGUCCUCUACACAGAACUCUGACCUUGAGCUCCCCCAGCCCUCCACAAUUUCAUCGCCACCCUCUAUGUCAACAUAUUCUUCUAUACCUUCAUCAGACUAUCCUGGCUUAAAUUCUUCUACGACUAUGCCCUCCUCUACGACCUCUCCCCCGGGCUCUUCGUACCCGCCCAUCUCUCACUCCACCUCUCCACACCUUCUCCCCUCAUCUUCCUACCACUCUAUUCUUCCAACAGACCAAUCCCAAGACAACUUAAGUCCCCAUACACCUACAAAUCCACCUUUCCAAUCCAUCCCCCCCUCUUCUUGUCAAGGUUCUGGGUUAACUAUUGACCCUGGCCAAAAUCAGGUGGAUGACAGUGGAUUGAGCUCAUCCAAUGAAACAACUCCUGCUAUCCAAAACCCAAACCAAACAGCCUUUCCCUUCCCUCCAGUUCAGUCCUCAAACGACCCAGACCCAACAUCCCCUCCAUGUCAAAGUCUACCCCAAUCUGCCCUACCCUUCCAACCACUGUCACAGUGCAACCCUAACCCAAUCCCCACCCCUUCUGACCCAAAUACAACGCCAACUGCUUUCCCCUUCCCUCCAACAGCACAGUCCACCCCUAACUCUAUAAUGACGCCUUCCAAUCCAAACCCAUCAAUCUUCCCAUUUCCCCAUGUUCAACAGAUCCCUAACCUCAACUUGAAUACUCCUGGAUCUACUCAAACUCCAACAACUGGUUCUUUUCCAGUUUACCAAUCCUCAGGUCUGAGCACUAUUUCAGCAAUUCCAAACCCAGUUCAUUCAACAACUGGAUCCUUCUCCUUCCCUUCCACCAAUGUUAUCCAUCAAGGACCUAUGCAGUCGGCUUCCAACACACUGCACCCUACCACAGCGUACCCGGUCCCCUCAUUCCCUGCAUCUCUGCCAAAACACACUACUCCUGGCUCUCUCCCAAACCCUGCACCAGCAACAUCUCACACUUCUUACCCCUUCGCAACUUCUAUCCCAUCUGCUCCACAUCCUUUCCAGAGUCUGACUCUUCCCCCAUCUAGCUCGAUUCAUGGCGUCCCUGCGAUCCCGAAUCCAACCCAAAUUCAGCCUACCUUUCCCCAGUCAUACCCUAACCCCUCCUUCCCUCAUAUUCCGCCACAAGUGGGAAACCCCAACUCCCAGUCCUUUCCCCCAAUCCAAACCUCAAGUACCUCUCAGUUAAAUCCCACAGUUCCUCCAAUCUCAAACCACCCACAAUGUCCUACCUCAUCAAACGCAUACCCUUCUGUAGCUCCCACUGAGAUAGGCACCUUCUCGCAGCUCAAUUCUGCUGCCCCCUAUUUGCCAGAUAUGGUACUGCACCCUUCCUUGCUCCCUCCUUUUGAUCCCUCACUCUCCUCCUCUGCUCCCCCAUCCCUUUAUAACCCUUUUCCUUCCUACUCUCUCCGUCUUUGCCAGGAUCCUCGAUCCUCCCUGCAUUUACCCCUCAGGCAUAUUUAUAGACAGCCACAGCAUUCCCAUGCUCAUAGUCAGGGGCCCUACUUUGACCUUGGUGGAAGAGCAGUUUUCUGAGGAUAAACAGAAAAAUAACAUGUAAGGCAAAGUUUGCAAGGAUACUGCAUCAAUUAAUGACUUUGACUUUUGCUCUGAAGAUGGAAGCACUGCACAUUUUAUGACUACAUGGGAGGUUAUGUGAGACAAAAAGAGACAAACCCAAACAUUGUAGUUUAAAAUGUAAAACUUCUUGGUGUUUAUGGUUGAAAAA